AGGGAAGAGGAAGGCAGGGCCACCGUGGCGUGUCGAUGAGCAGCUCCUGCAGGAAUGAGGGGGAUGCCCCAUGGCGGUGCGCUCGGCGAGGAGAUGGCCGUCAGUAGCGGGCGGCAGACCCGAGGCAGUGAGCCGGCAGAUCUGGGGGCGGCCGGCCUGGGGACAGGGAGCCGCCGUCGGAUCUCGGGUCGACCAGUCUUGGCCGGCGCACUAGGCCGCCGCGCGCGGGAGCCUGGGCGCGGUCGGCGCGGGGGCCUGGGCUGCGUGGCCGGCGCCGGGAGGAGCUGAGGAGCAGGGGGCGACCGGGCGAUGGUGUAAGAGCUCGGGGGGUGGAGGUGGUGGGUGCGUGCCGCAGCCUGACCGCACGAGCAGGAGGGGGGCGCUGGGUGGGGUGGCGGCCGGGAGUGGAAGUUUGGGGAUGAGAGGCUCGUUGGGCUGGUCCACAAAGGGAACAGGCCGUUACUGCCCCCAUUUCAUGGCCUGGCCCAUUCAAUCUCCGCGGUCGUAUUUCUCAGCCAUCGGAUCCCAAACUGACGGCCCACGAAAACCCUUGCGGACCGUAGGGGACGGGAUCCGGGAUCCAUCUGCGGAUCUGCCUCUCCUCGCCAGAAGUCGGUCAGCUCAUCGCGGCGACACCGAAGAGACGAAGCGGCAGGGACAGCAGCCGGCGACCACAGCGGCGGGCAGCAGAUCCGACGGAAUGGCCGCGAAGGCGAUCUCGAGCCCCGUGCCGGUGGAGUGGUAUCCGUCGCUGGCCGUCGUCAUGGUCUCCGUCGGCCUCAUGCUCACCGCUUCCUUCUUCAUUUAUGAAGCAACUUCAUCCAGGCGGAGCCGCAGCCUGGCAAAGGAGAUCGCCACAGCUGCCGUCGCUUCUGUAUUUCUGGGCUUUGGGUCUCUGUUCGUGCUCCUUGCAAGUGGUGUGUAUGUCUGACGACUGGCUAUGCAAGCUGUUUGCUUGUGUUCUCCAGCCGUAGUUGUAGGAUAUGCCAGAUUCUGAAAUUAUGUGCUCUCCUUGCGAAUAUGCAGUCAUUUGAACUUGUUUUAGAUAAAUGUAUGAGACCAACUGAGUUGAAGCGAUGCUCUGACGACGCA